AUGUCUGCUUCCACGUCUUCUUCUUCGUCGUCCCCAAAGAUACCCAAGUCCGUCAUCAUCGUCGGAAGCGGUGCUUUUGGUCUUUCCACAGCUUGGGCGCUCUGCAGAAAUCCGGAAUUCACCUACACCUCAAUCACCGUCGUAGAUCGCCAGACGUUCCCGACGCCCGACGGUUCCAGCAUUGAUACCUCACGCAUCAUCCGUCCCGACUAUGCGUCCCCACCGUACAACCGCCUCGCAAACAUUGCCCAGGACCGCUGGCGCACCGACUUUGCGCCCGAGGAGUACCACGAGACCGGUCUCGCACUGACGGCCUGGGGCAAGGAGCAGAACUAUGUGCAAGCGUCGCUCGCCAACGUCCGCAAAAUUGGAACCGACAGAAUCCAAGUUCUCGACUCGCCUGCAGAAAUCGGCAAGGCGGCAGGUCUCGAAGGAAACGAUGCGUGGGGCAACGGCAGCACAGGAUACGUGAAUUGGAGUUCAGGCUGGGCCAACGCCGAGGGCGCCAUGAUCUGGCUGCGCGAGAGAGUCGAGAAGCUGAACCGCGUCAAGUUUGUCGUCGGCGGCGUCAAGAAGCUUUUGAUCGACCACAAGACAAACACUGUCUCCGGCGUCCGCCUUUACGACUCCACCGAGCUCACGGCAGACCUGACCAUCCUGGCUGCGGGCGCCUGGACAGCUUCGCUCAUUGACCUGCGCGGCAUCUGCAAAGCAACUGGCCAGGUCAUCUGCUACAUGCCCAUUUCUUCGGAAGAACAGGCACGUCUCGGCUCGCAGCCCACGAUUCUCAACCUCUCGCACGGCCUCUUCAUGAUCCCGCCCUCGAACAAGCUCCUCAAAGUAGCCCGCCACGGUCACGGCUAUGUCAACCCCACCACAAUCCCACACCCAGAGUCCGAAGACCCCAACGAGACAAUCACAACGUCUCUGCCCUGGACAGCCGUCGACGACCCCAACCAAGCCGUCCCGGAAGAAGGCCAGCGCGAUCUCCGAAACUUCCUCGCCGCCAUCCACCCCUCGCUCGCCGUGCCCUCGCGCCCUUUCACAAAGAGCAAGAUCUGCUGGUACACAGACACGCGCGACGGCGACUUCCUCAUCUCGUACCACCCCAAGUACACCGGUCUGUUCGUCGCCACAGGCGGCUCGGGCCACGGCUUCAAAUUCCUCCCCGUCAUCGGCGACAGCAUCUUGGAGUGUGUGCUGGGCCGCACCCCCAAGGACUUUGUCGGCAGGUGGGAGUGGCCUGCUGGCCCGCUGCCGGAGGAUCAGUGGCCUGGCGAUGGAAGCAGGGGCGGGCCCGUGGGCUUGGUGCUGGCUGAGGAGAUGGCGAAGAGUAAGGGGAAGUUGUAG